AUGGCCCCACAUCCGACUACUGAUUGGAUGCAAUUACAAGACCGCUUCUACAGGAAGCAGGAAAUAUACACAAUGUCAUGGAAGCAUAUGGAUCUAUCCAAGUUCAUGAUCGCUGGUGCUUCAUAUGGUGGUCCAAUAGCAAUGAUACGUGAUGAUAAGAAAGUUCAACUACUUCAGAAACAACCGGUCAAACCUACUAUUUAUCUCUACACCUCUGCGGGAAAAUUAAUGGAACAAUUGCAAUGGGAUAAAGAACGCAUAGUAACCAUGGGUUGGACAGAUACAGAGAGAUUGAUUGUCGUCUUGGAAGAUGGUAAAAUAUGGUUGUACGACGUGCAUGGGGAACAUACACAAAUAUCUCUUGGGAAGGAGGCAGAAACUAGUUCUGUCAUAGACUGUCAGAUAUGGGGAAGUGGAUUAGUAGCCUUGACUGGAGAUUUUAAAUUGGUAGCGCUGACUAACUUUGAUGAGCCUCGUCCUCGACUUAUGGCUGAUCCUGGUUUGAAUGAACCGCCGCACAGUUGGACCGUAAUUCCUCCCCAGUUUACGCUCAGUCGUCACGUAGAAGUACUCUUAGCUACGGGCACAACAAUACUGGCCGUCGACCAAAUAGGAGCAGUUGACCAGCUAAUAACGCAAGGACCAUUUACCAAAAUGGCAGUCUCACCCAACGGCAAGUUUCUUGCUCUAUUUACGACAGAUGGCAGGCUGUUGGUAUUCGCAUCCGAUUUUUCAAAGAAUCUUACGGAAUUUCCCACUAAAUCAAAGAUUCCUCCCCAUCAACUCGUUUGGUGUGGAACCGAUUCGGCUGUCUUGUAUUGGGAUAAUAUUGUAUUAAUGAUUGGUCCUUUUGGCGAUUUUAUCAAAUACUCUUAUGACGAAACUAUUUAUUUGAUUCCCGAAGUGGAUGGUGUGCGCAUCAUUAGUAGUGACAAGUGCGAGUUCUUGCAGAAAGUUCCCCGCGAAACUGAGGAUAUAUUCAAAAUUGGUUCAACAGCACCAGCUGCCAUGUUAUUUGACGCAUUGGAACACUUUGAGAAAAAAAGCCCCAAAGCUGACGAGAACAUACGCAGCAUUAAAACGGAAUUAGCAGAUGCAGUGGAUGACUGUAUCAAAGCUGCUGGCCAUGAAUUUAGUCCAGAUUGGCAAAGGGCAUUAUUAAAAGCAGCUUCAUUUGGCAAAGCCUUCCUCGAAUCAUAUAAUGUGGAUAACUUUGUUAAUAUGUGCAUGUCGUUGAGAGUAUUGAACGAAGUUAGAUAUUAUGAGGUUGGAAUACCAAUAACAUACGAGCAAUAUCGGAGAAUGAGUCCAGAGGUGUUGAUUGACCGAUUAAUAAAUCGACAUCACCAUCUAUUAGCAUUACGUAUCUGCGAAUAUCUAAAGAUGAGAACAGACCGAGUGCUUAUUCACUGGGCGUGUGCAAAAAUAACGAAAUCAACGGAUGAUGAGGAGACCAUUUGUCUAAUGAUAGUUGAUAAAUUGGCCAACAAACCCGGACUUUCUUAUGCGGAAAUAGCCAAGACUGCAUACGAAGUUGGUCAACCUAAGCUUGCUACAAGAUUGCUUGAUUAUGAACCUCGCGCAGCAGAUCAAGUACCGCUAUUGAUGGACAUGCAAGAAGAUGAAGUGGCUCUUGAGAAAGCUAUUGAGAGUGGAGACACUGAUUUAGUAUACUUGGUUAUUUUACAUUUGGAAAAGAAGUUGCCACCGUCAGAAUUUUUCCGUAUCAUAAACAAGCCGAUGGCUUGUAAUUUAUUGGAAGUUUACUUCAAACAACAGGAUUUGAAAAUCUUGAACGACUUUUAUUACCAAGAUGAUCGAAGAGUUGAAAUCGCCAACAUAAGAAUUUUGGAAAGCUACGAAAAGACAGAUCUUACUGAUAGGAUUAAUAAAUUACGAGAAGCAUCCAAGUGGUAUCAAGAUGAUAAAGAACAUGGAUUUGAAGCAAAGGCUGUAGACGAACAUAUAAGAUUACUUCAGAAACAAGCCCAGUUGGAAAAGGAUAUUGGGGGUCUGCUAGUAGGAUUGCCCCUUAAUGAGACUGUGCAUAGGUGUAUUUUAGCCAGAGAAUGGAGCAAAGCAGAUAAAUUAAAAUCCGAUUUCAAGAUUCCGGAUAAGCGGUUCUGGUGGAUCAAAAUAAAAGCAUUUGCUGAGAUGAGGGAAUGGGAUGAAUUGGACAAACUUUCCAAAUCUAAGAAGUCUCCAAUUGGAUACGAGCCAUUUGUUGAGGCUUGUAUUAAGGCCAUGCAAAACAGUGAAGCAGCUAAAUAUAUUCAAAAGUGUGAUCCGGCUGUUCGUCCAGGAUUAUUUAUUAAAAUUGGCGACUUUAAGGCAGCUGGUCAAGAGGCAUAUGCGUCGAAAAACAUUCAAUUGCUCAGUGAAAUCCGGAAUAAGUGUACAAACCCUGCUGUUGCUCAGGAAUUGGAUAC